AUGUAUUUAGAUUCCCAAAAGCGAUUUAAUCCAACAGCGUAUAUUCGUGAACGAAAUAAUAAAUUAAGAGAAUUUGAAUUACAAAAGAGCAUCCGAGGACGAGUUGAGCCCAUCUUAGCCGUCAAAGACGUUUCCAUUCGGCACUACGAGGAAGUGAAGAGUUGGAUUCGUCGUCAACGUCAACGUUCUGAUGGUAGUACUAAUCGUCAAUCAUUUGGCUCAAAUAGGGGUUCUGAUUCAGAUUUUAGUGAUUAUUCAGCACGUGGAAGUUUAAAAGGAAGUAAAUCAACAUUGAUUACAAGUUUACAUUUACAUGACAGUGAUGAUGGAGAUGAUAGAUCAUCGCGAAGAACAUCAGCAAGUAGAAAAAAAACGUCACACAGUAAUCGAAAUAUGAAAGAAUCAAUUGAUUCGGAUUUUGAGCCAAUUCCCAUUAUCAAUGUUAUUCCUAAAACGACAUCAUUAUCGGUGAAACAUACCAAUCAAGAAAUGUCAGGUGGAAUGGAUGGUGGACAUGAAAUAGUCGAUAUUGAUGAACGAUUAAAAUCGCUAGAAAAAUUUAUAAAAGAAAACUUACCUUCUUAG